AUGGCGUACUCUCCUCUUGCAGAAACGUGGGGUCUAUAUGCAGGAGGCUCGUUGAUAUUUUUGGCACGAAUCGUGUGUCGACUCCGAGCCGUUGGCUUGGUCGGCUUUAAGCCCGACGACUACAUUGUCUUUCUAUCAUGGGCCACAUACACGGUGAUGACCGUGGCCGCCCAUAUUGUCGGCGGUCUUGGUGACCUCCAUGCGGUUUCUCUCGACGCUCGAAAGAGGAUGACCCCGGAAGAGGCUGCUCCACUAAUCUACGCGACGAAAUGGUUCUGUGCUGGCGUUGCAACCUACAUUCUCUUCAUCUGGACGUUGAAACUAAACAUGCUUUUCCUCUAUCAACGCAUCGUCAACGGGCUCUGGGUGGAGAAGUUCAUAAUGCCUACCAUAAUCUUGGUGUUGGCGACCUUCGUCGCAAUCUAUGGCAUCUUAUUCGGUGUAUGCCGCCCAUACAAUCGAAUGUGGAUUGUUUACCCAGAUCAGGGAGAAUACUGCCAACCUCAGUCUAUGCUCAAUAUGGUCCCGCCGCUCGUCAUGAAUAUCGUCACCGACUUGAUUAUUAUGGCUAUCCCCGCCCCUGUUGUGGUCCCAGUCAAAAUUGGCAUCUGGAAGCGAAUUGGUCUCCUCUGCCUAUUUGGCGCGGGAAUCUUUAUUAUGGUCGCUGCUAUUCUAAGAGUGACCAUGGUGCUAGUGAUGAAAAAUGGACCGACAGCGGCAAUUUGGUCUUGUCGCGAGGACUUUGUGGCAAUCGUCGUCGGUCAGGCUAUAUUGAUAAGGCCCAUCUUUACGAAGAGGUUCUGGACGAACGAUUAUGGACGCGGGAUGACCGAGUAUGGCUCCUCAAAACGGUCAAAGAACAGCGCUCAUCUUGAAGAGUCUUACGAAAUGGGUUCCAAGAAGCGAGGGAAGGCCAAGGACCCCUUCAGUCUCACAGCCGCACUUGCCACUGUUCAAGAAGGAAAUGGGUCGACUGAGAAGAUUAUUGAUCCAUCAGCAUCGUCAAUAUCAAACGUGCAGAGUGACGUCGUGGCACACCCCUCUGGAGGGUCUUCCCAUGCUUCCUCAACAGGGCAUUGGGGGAAUAAUAAGGACAGGAGGAGUAGGGCCCAGCCUAUGGUAAUUCAUGUGAGCAAAGAUGUGGUGGUGGGGACUGAAGAGCCUAAAUACCAUGCCCAUGGGUCUCCAGGAAAUCCGGCUACUCCAUGGGGUAGCACCUAA